GUGUAGUUCUAACCGUGUACAAGCGUGGCUCUGACAGAAUGCGCGGUGCUAAGACGAACAAACCGCGCCGCUAAUCGCGGAGCAUUCGCGUGUAAUUAGGGCGUGUGUCUCGCGUGUGGGCCGAGGAGGAGGGAGUUCUUUUUGUUUAUUCGUUUUUCUUUUUCUCUCUCUAUUCCUCCGACUUGCCAACUCUAAUCGAACACUCCGUGUAUAUCAUAAUAAAAAUCAGCGUUGAAUAUUUUGAGAAAUAAAAAAAAAGAGCUCGAAAAGUCAAAAAAUCGUGGGUCUCUCGCUAACGCAUUUAUAUGCACAGGAGCGAGGGAGAUACACACACACAUACACACACACGCACACACACAUCAAACGUAUACGCGUGCAUACACGAAGAGAGGAAAAAGGGCAAUGUUACGGACAUACCGUACGAACGAAUGUUCCGUAUAUAACAUGCUACGAGGUAUUUUAAACGUGUGUUGCGUUAGAGGGAUCACGCCGAAGAGGACGACAGCGGCGCGCGCGCGGCCAUUUUGACAUUGACGACGAUGCGGCAAGCGUGCGUGUCCGUUCGAUCCGCCAUUCCAAACAAUCGGUGUACCAGUAAUAUUACUACGUGCCCUCAGAACAGUCUCGGGUACAUUUAGCUGGCGGCAGCAGCGGAAAGCUUGAGCAGCGAGCGAGAAACGGCGACGGGAAAAUAGCACGUAUAGACAGCGCGAGAAAGAAAUUGGUAGAAAAAUAAAAAGAUAUCACCAGUCAGCCUAGAAGACAGAGAAGAGAGAGAGAGAGGACACUAAGGAAGGAAAACAAUUAAUAAAAAGGAAACAAACGAAAACCGACAAUAUCUCUGUGUAAAACAAAAAAAAAAUAAAAAUAAAAAACGAAGGAGAUUUAUUUUCAUUUCGCAUACAAUUGCUCUUACAUUAUUAUUAUUUGUAAGUUCGAAGAGCGACGAAGAGGGAGGGGUGACGACAGGCCGUGAACUAAGAGGGAGUAAGAGCGAAGACGACAGAGCGAGAAAAAAAGCGAAAAAAACGACGAAAGGAAAAAAGAAGCACGACAGAGUAGAGAGAAGUGAAGUGGGCAAAGGUGGUGCGCGAAAGAUUUUUCGUUUGGUGUGUAGUGACGCUGAACGACGGCUAAGGCGACUACAAAAGGUGUUGUAAGAAUUAGAAAGAAAAGAAGAAAAAAAUGCGAGAGUAUCAAAGUGAUCGACAACUAGCCUGAUAAGCAUCUUAACCGCGUUCAAUCGCGGAUCAUUGCAAUUCCUCUCUCUCUCUCUCUCUUCUCGCUCAUACUCUCCCUCGCUCCCAUUUUUAUUCUUCGUUCUCACUUACGAGGAACGGCCAUGGCAGAGUGCAACGAUGUAGCAUACAGAUCGUCGAACCGUAAUAAAGGUGCGUGCGUGCGUUCAUACGUACGUACGUGCAUUCACGAUCUCGCUCGCAUUUAUGCGUGACGCGGCGAUAGACAGAUCGUGAAAUUUUAAAUCAAAUUUUUUAAAAUAAUAAACGUCAAGAAAAAAGUGUAGUGUGUGCCGCGUUAUAGUGAAUUAUUUACGAGAAAUUGGAGAGGAAUAUGAGAAUUAUCAAAAAAGAAUGAAUAUACGAUAAAUAAGAUUCCGUGCGGGGGAGCCGAGAAUAUAAAACGACCGUGAAGUGUUUCAUUUGAAAGAAAAAAAGGACUUUCUUCCCCGUUCAUCAUUGCCCAGACUUGCUAAACAGUAAUUUUUCAAUUUUUCUUUAGCGUUUCUGUUUGCGCUACUCGUGCAAACGUCCGCGUUGCUGGCGGAGCUUCUCUCUCAUUCUCACAACCACCCCCCACCCCCUCGCCUCUUUCAAUCCUCCUACUCCUCCUCCGGCCUAUCUAUCUAUCUAAUCAAUCUAUCUCGCUCGUUCGUAUUACCACUCUCUCUCUCUCUGUCAUCGGUGUUGGUGGUGUGUUUGUCCUCAAACCCAACGCACACGGCAGACUCCGAAGCGCGUGCGAUCGAUGUGCCCGUGACAGAGACGAGAGAGAGAGAGAGAGAGAGAGAAAGAAAGACAGACAGUCAGACAGAGAAAGAGAGAAAGGAAGAGAAGGAGAGCGGUGUGUAGACAUACGGUCGAAACCUAUAUACGUGUGUGUGUGCGCGCGAGUGUAGUAAAUUUAGAUAAAAAAAAAAGAAAAGCAAAGAGUUUUCGUUUCGUGUGAUCCCAGUUGGAAUAUCCAAGCGGUGAGAAAGUGAGAAAAAAAGUAAAGAAAAUGGUGAAGUUCGAGCGUACGACGAGGAAAAGAGUCUGCCUCGGAGUUUAAAAGAGAAUACACAGUGAGGAAUAAAGUGUGCAAACGAGCAAAGAAGUGAUUGUGAGACGAAGGCUCCGUGUGGAUAUUUUUUCUUUUCGUCAAAACGGACACGAAAAGGACUUUGAGUACAGGUAAGAACAAUAUUGCCAUAAAGAUCGUGCGGACAAAGGGCUAUACGAAAAGGAAGAAAAAUAAAACGGGAGCAAGGAAAUUAAGAAAAAGUCACUUGUUCGGUUGAAUUCUUGAGCUGAAACAAAUCAGCCUUCGUUUUGGCACAAUCUUUACGGACUGCUACCAUCUGUUAAAUACCAACGAAUCUAGCUUGCUAAAGGAAGAUGAUAAAAUCAAGAAACAAGAAAACAGUGUAGUGCUACGUCGGGAGAUUAGCAACAAUGGCGAUUACAUUUCACAAAGAUUAGUUGAACGUUAAGAAGGAAGGAGAAAGAGAGAGAGAGAGAGAGAGGAAAUAGACGAAAGGAAGUGGCAGAAUUACUGACGUGCGGAAUAAAGGAUCGUCUCGAUGCUCCCUGCUCUUUUCUCGUGCAAAAUAAAACAAUCGGUAUUCAAGAGUCUCCGAGUUUUCGUGCACUUUUCGAGCGUCGUGACAAGUUUGACGAUCCUUCGACUCGAUCUCCCAACCUAUUGAGUUCGUGAAACAUUCAUUGACAUCCGCUGGUUAAACACGGCAAUAAAGACGUGUAGCGAACGACCCAUAUGUAUAUGUUUACAUAUAUAUACGUAUAAAUACACACAUAACGGGGGCGGAAGUCGCGAGAUGGAGCAGAUCGAGGUGAAGCAGAGGAACCAGCGUAACAGGAGACGCGAGCGUGCACAGAGAAUAUUGGCGCAGAGGGAGAGCCUAGCUAACUCGAAGCAGCUACAGCAGCAGCACCAUCAUCAGAACCAGAAUCAGCAGCAACUACAGAGGCAACGACCCGACGAGGAGGACAGCCACAGCGGCGAGGACGAGGAACCCGGUGGCCUCGGUCUCGGUCUAUCAAGGCCCGGUGGUGGUAGACCACGCGAAAAUAACACGAGACCACCGAGACCACCAAGACCACCGAGACCGAGGAAGAAAACAUCCCUAAACUCAACCGGCACUAGUAACAAGGAGCCACCGUUCGAGGAGGACAUUAUCGACGGUUUUGCAAUACUUGCAUUUCGCAGCUACGAGGAACUCGAGAGUGCAAUAAAGUUAGCUGGUAAAAAUAAUGUCAAGAAGCUCCAUUCGCUACUGUCGAUAGCUGACGAAAAACCAAAGGUGGAUACCGGACAGAAUAAUCGACACGGUGACCACCACAUCAAGAAUCAUUUCAAGCACAACCAUUUCACGCAUAAUUCCAUACUGACACCCUCUACGCUCAACCAGGGCCUCGAUGCAGGUACGAGCGACGACAGUGGAAGAGCGUCGGAACAAUUGCAUGGCCCUGGAAUCCCCAGGGAUUGCCAGGACGCAGACAGUUCCAGGGACCAUCUCAGCGAUGCUAGCAGUCAUUGCAGUUCGGGUAAAGGUUAUAUCUGUGAUAGUGAAGGCGAAGACGACAAGGGCUCGGAUGCAGAAUCGAUACUCUUUGAGUCUUCUACUCCACCACCCCUUCCACGUAAAUACGAGUUGCCAUCUUCUUCGCCGCACGUGUUGCCACCGGCAAACGGGGCGGGAGGAUCGCCUCCGGACACCGGUGGACAAAUUUCAAAUCCAGCGACGGAUGCCCCGGCCCCAAUUCCGCCCCCUGUGCCUGCCUCAGCACCAGUUCCGACGGCGCCGAGUCCUCCCAGCCCCACGUUACCCCCACACAUAUCCCAACCACCCAUGACUAGUCCUCUGGCGGCAAAUCCACGUGCAAUAGCUCCGCAACAACGGCCAGCAUCUCCCGCUCUUCCACCAUCUUCGUUGUCUCAACAACCAUCGUCACACACAACGCUACCCGCUCUACAUCCGCCCAACGUUCCACUCGUAUCUUCGAGUCACACGACUAGUCCGGCGGUGGCAAGUCUCGGAGUAACUCCAGCGGCACCAUCCAACGGAGCAGCAACCACGAGUUAUCCGCCACCGUUACCAAUGGCUGCUUAUCCACAAACUCAACCCUCUUAUCCACCACUUUACACACCUUAUGCACCACUCAAUCACAGCCCUUAUCUCCCCCCUGCCGUCCCGUCACCCUCGCAUUCAACAUCGUCGCGAACCGACGUGCGAGCCAGCCGAGCUUCGCCUUACACGAAUAUAAGUAAACAAACGAUAGGAAACAGCGCCACGAAUCACAAUAACACGCCGUUGAGUGCUGCAACAACGACAUGCGUUUCCACAAUAACAAACACAGUUACCACGGCAAACACGAUGGUACAUCGGGACAUCGUGGCUUGCAGCUUAGCCGGAAGAAACAACAAUUCUCCGAGAGGUCAUAGUCCUACCAGGGAACGAGACAGCUACAGCAGCAACGUGAGCACCCUGAGCCGGGGUAGCAUAACGCCUGUAAGUGUGCCAAACACAUCGUCCCCAGCAAAUUCUAGUCUACCUGCUUAUUCCAAGGCUCAGGGAUGGAUAAGUAGCAGCACGACCUCCCAACUAUCACCGGCGACAGCAACGACGGUACCGAGACCAACGCCACCACCAGCAUCGAUGAAUAUGCACAAUUUUCCACCACCCAUGUUCGCAGCACCUUUACCACCGCCAGUUUCGAGCUCGAGUCCGCACACUUCGAUGCCAAGUUUACCACCACCGACCACUAAUCCCAAUCCGUUCUCAGCCGAAUCGCUCUUUCAAUCAAGGGUGACGCAUGUUUCAGGCCAGACGGAUAUGCUGAGACGAGAAUUGGACAACAGAUUUCUGGCCUCGCAAGAUCGUGCCGUUGGUGUUGGUGUUGGGAAUCUGGGGCCUCCGCCUUACCUCAGAACGGAAAUGCAUCAUCAUCAACAUCAACAUACUCACGUUCAUCAACAUACAACGCCGUUGCUUCCACCACCAGCGGCAACCACACUUUUCCCUCCUCCGAUUUUCAAGGACAUUCCGAAGUUGGGCAGCGUGGAUUCUCCAUUUUUUCGUGGAAAUCUUAACCUCUCCGGUUAUUCAAGCUUUAACGCGGGACUUAUGCAUCCCGGUAUGGGACCGCCGUCGACUCCGUUUGUUCCACCUAAUCACAUGACGUCUUUCGCACCUAAAAAAACUGGAAAGUGGAAUGCGAUGCAUGUUCGAAUAGCAUGGGAAAUAUAUCAUCAUCAGCAGAAACAACAAGCCGAGGCAAAAGCGGGCAAUGUAGUAAACACAAAAACUGAAUUGUUGAGACCUCCCGGUCAUCUUUAUCCGAGCGGUCCAGGUGGCGGUCUCGGAAUGGGCACGCCAAUGGCACCGCCAUUCCCAACGAACAUUCCACCUAAUCAUCCGGCUCCACCACCUCCUCAUCCGGUUGGAUUUCUCUCCGCGCCGGGAUCCCACUUAGGAACCGGAAUGUCUCCUUUUGGAAGAUAUCCAGCAUCGUUUGGUACACCAAAUCCAAACUUUCCCGGAUUACCAGGAUUUCCGACGGGCAGAGAGAUGCCUCCCCUCGGUGGGAUGGGAUCCGUUCACGACCCGUGGCGAGGGUUGCAGCGUGCUGCUCCAGGUUUUCCAUCGACAACAGUAACGUGGAAUUUGAAGCCAGAGCCUCCGGCAAUUGACAGGCGCGCUGAAAUGGAGGAACGAGAGCGCGAACGUGAGCGGGAACGAGAGCGUGAGCGUGAGCGCGAGCGUGAGAGACAGAGAAGAGAGCGGGAGAGAGAAGAACAGCGUGAGCGCGAGAGACGGGAGCGCGAAAAGGAAGAGAAGCGCAAAGCAGAGGCUGAAGCUCGAGAGCGUGAGAGAAGAGAGAAAGAAAGACGGGAGAUGGAAAGGCGAGAGAUGGAGCGAGAGAGAAUGAUGUUGCAAACGCGACAGCACGUUGUUAUGGGUAGAGAUCGGUCACCCUUAAGGAACGGAAGUGUAAAUCCGAUGGAUCCGAGCGAGGUGAGAGUGAAAGAAGAGCCAAGAAGCAAAGACGAAGAAGUGGUGAUGCUCUCGAGGCAGCCACCGCAGGGCCAAGGCCAACCAGGAUCUGGGCAAGUACCCGGACCAAAUCCCAUGAACGAUCCGCGAUAUCAUCACUCACAUCCCCAUGCGUAUCUCGCGAGGCAUCCUCACGGUAUGUCCGGUCCGCAUACAAUGGCACGAGGAAUGAUUCCCGGACUCGGUGGUCAUCCCAUGCAACAUUUCCAACCGCCCACAGGGCCGCCCGGUCAACCGGGUGCUCCCUGGACCUCGGACCCCUUCAGAGAUCCGUAUCGUUACGAUCCUCUGCAACAAUUGCGAUACAACCCGCUCAUGGCCGCCGCAGCUUUUCGCGCUGAAGAAGAAGAAAGAGCGAAACUUUACGCUGGCUAUCCUCCACCACCGCCUGUCAAUUCCCUCAGAUCUAAAGACCCCAGCCCCGGACCGCUGAGCAACCUUCACAUGCAUCAUCGAGCAGGACCUGGACCCGGGGUCUCCGGCCGACCAAUGGAACCUCCGAUGAUGCACGCUGGUGAUAUUCACAAAAAAGAGGACACCUCGCAGUCUCGAUGAUACAACCUCAAAGUUUCAACCUCUGGCAACGAGCCGCUACCCAGAGGACACCUUUGAAAUAAUUCAAAAGCAAGUUUUGUUCGAUGAGAUCGUUUGAGAGAUUGCGGAGUCUUGCUCUAUCAUAUUCUCCCACAAAACCUCGGCGUGCCCAAUUCAACCUCAUCCGAGGAUCUCGCGUGACACUUUUUCGAUAUUUUCCAACGGAAUGUGUCUCGGUUAAAGAAAAAUUGUAAAUAGUAUACUUAUUGAUAUUGAUAGGAAUUAAUGAGAAAAAUAAAUACCGAGAAGAAGGAAGGAGAACAUUUAGGAGAUAAAAACGAACGAACCGAAGCGAUAGUUCGUGCAAUCUCACUUCGAGAGUAAACGACGCAAUGCAGGAGAAUGAUCACGAUUUUUCAACAAAGAGGGAAAGGUUCGAUGGAGCAGUGAUAUAUAUUGUGUUGGACAGAAGAGAACCAAGGCAUUUGUGUGGGAGAUUGUGUCGCAAAGCGUUCACCGUAACGAUAACCGCAAGUUCGUUUCAGCAAUUUCUGGGGAUCUGACUGUCUUGUCUUUGUAGCCCUAUAAACUUUAUCAUUACGAUCAAUACUAUGCGUAACAAGUUAAUACCGUGUGUAAUAUUACAAUUUACUCUAGGAAACGCGAGACGAAUAAUUGCUACGUAAAUACAAGAAAAGUUAAAACAAAAUAAGGCGAACCCACUGCUAGAAGUUUAAAAGGAUUUCUAGCAUUACUCGACAAACAUGAGAAAAGAAACAACACACACACACACACACACACAAACAUAAUUUAAUUAUUUAUUUAUUGCGACGUAUAAAUGAAAUUUGAAUCUCUGUUAACUGACGUAUGAAUACUGUCGAAAGGGUUCACCCUAAUUUAAUCGAUGUAAUAUAAAACAAACAAAAAACGAUAUAUAUAUAUAUAUAUAUAUAUACACAUACACACACAUAUAUAUAUAUAUAUAUAAAUUUUACUUUUUUUUAAAUAGAUAUAUAUACAAUAUGAGUUAGUCAAGAAGAAAAGAGGAAAAAGCGUAGCGAAACAAAAUGUGAGAUGGAUCGUGUAUAUAUAUAUACACAUGCCCCUGAGAACCGGUGGUCCGUUUUCAUUUUUUUCACGUUUCAAAACUGCUAUAGGGAGAGAUGCGAAUUAAUCCGGUUUAAACAGGGACAUACCCGGUGCACUUUCCUGUGAUAUAGCAAACGAUACACGGGAUUAUUUGCCGGCUUCAAUAUGAGGGAUCCCUCAUCAUACGUUGAUUGUCUACUUCUUCCGAGAGACGUCUCUCCGAAAGUGCAAAAACAAGCGUGACCAACUUACUCCCCUCGAGAGAGUUGAGAGUUUGAUUCAAAUAGCGAACUAUCGAUAUUUAUUUUCUAGACUAAAUUGUCCAGUUUAAUCUGUACAUAAUUCGGACCAUUCUGCGGUAAUGGGCCCCGUUUUCGGACCUUAAUGAAAAAUCAUUCAUUUUUACCAUCCACAAUAUUGGAUCAAUUAAAUUAUUUUGACUAACCUGAUUUCUAAUUUGAUUUUAGAACGUUAAGAUGGAAAAAUUGGAUUUGAGAAACCACAAAUAACUUAAAAAAAACAACUGACUGUAGCUUAUCAAUUUUUUCGUGAUUAAAACUAUUUUUUUCGGACUUCAUACCUCUCCAUCGAGUAAAAGUAGCGAAUGAGCAUUUGUUCGAACUUUUUUCGCCAUUUGAUAGAAAAUGGAUGCUUGUAUUCAAACUCAAUUAACGCAACAAUUCAUUCGGUGUAAAUCGAAGCUUAAUUUGAACCAAUUUUUCGACAAUGUGGAGACUGGUCAAAAAGCAUGUUUUUUUAGAAGUUUUGAAUUUUCAUCACAUCACUUUUCAAACACAUUUAAGCUAAAUUUCCCGUAAUCAAAAUAUUUCACAUUUUUUCAUCUAGAUAUUCAAGCUAUUUUUAAUAUUUUUAUUUGUUUUAAUAGAUGAGGAAUUGAUAGCUAUAUGGAAUGUCAAAGUAUCUAAAAGAAUCAUCACAAUCAUUGUCAUAUUGAUAGUUCGCUAUUACGACGAACUUUUUUUUAAAACGAAAUCGCGUCCGUUUUAAUCUCUCUUGUUUUCUUUUAUUAAACUGAAAGCGUGGUCCAAAACAUGAGUGUCUGUAAUCUGUUCAAUCGGUGAAUAGUAAGAAAUUUUCCAAGCAUCACACAAAAGUAGUUUCGUCCGUGCCAAAGUACUUCUGCAUUUGGGAAAAAACAAAAACAUUUAUAAUUGUUGAAGAAAAAGCACGCAAACACAAAAUUUGUUAAACCCUUGAUUUUAACGGACGUUUAAAGCUUUUAUCGCGUGCAGUACUGAGGUUUUACCAUUAUGAAUGAUAGGAAAAAAAACGGAGAAAAGGACGGAAAGAGGUAAUGAAAUAAAGGAAGUAAAUCGGCAGGAUCUCGAAAAUUUCUCAAUCGUGCCAUGUGAGUGUUUCUCAGUAUGUGUCAGUGUGUGUCAGGCUAUUUUAUGGAAUCGAAGAUGUUUCGUUUGUUAUUUUCAUUUACGUUUUUCUGUUUUUUUUUCUAAAUUUAAAAUCGUCAAACUCUCCCAACCACGAUUCUUUCACUCUGUCAAGUGACUGUGAAAUUGUAUAUUAUUAAAUAAUUAGUAAUUGUACACCGUUCGAAGAUUGUAGAUAUUUUUCAUUAAUGAAGAAAAGCAAGGAAAAAAGAAACAAAACGUGAAAGAAGAAAAACGCUGUUACAGUGAGGAUGCAGUGAUUUCGUUUUUGUAGAUAUCGCGUCUAUAAAAGAAGAUAAACAAAGAACAAACAAACAAAAAUAAUGAAAUUUUGUGUGAAUAGAUUUUCUUUUCUAAAGAAAGAGGAGAGAAAAAGGAAUCGAUUCUUUGUAAAAGGAUCCAAUAAUCAUAGUUUCUAUGAAAGUAACGAAAAA